UGACGGCACAACAUCAUCGCGCCGCCAUGUCUCGCUUCCUGAACGAACCCCUGACGGACAAGAAGUCCGAGACGUACACCGAAUCGGCGCUCGGCCUGACCAUUGGUGUGAGCUGUAUGCAGGGGUGGCGUGAGUCGAUGGAGGACGCUGAGCUCGUCGACACGUCACUGCCAGGAUUGCAUAAAGUGGCUCUGUUGUCGAUUUUCGACGGCCAUGGCGGCGACUUCAUUGCCAAGGAAACCGCGAAGCAAAUUGUGGACCGGAUCGUGAGCACGGACGAUUACAACGCCUUUGACGGAAAGAACCCGUACACUCUCGUCAGCGCGCUCAGCGAGGCUUUCCUCCGGACUGACGACGCCCUCCGUGAAGCGCAUUUGGACGGCACAGCGGACGAAGUCGGAGCGACGGGGCUCGUGGUCCUUGUCACUGAGCGUCACAUCAUAUCGGCGAACGUCGGUGACUCGCGAUGCAUUUUGAGUGACAAGUCCGGCCAAGUGCCGAUCCAGAUGUCGCUCGACCACAAACCCGACCACGAAGCUGAAAAGCUCCGAAUUAUUGCCGCCGGCGGCAACGUUUUCCGCGGCCGUGUCUGCGGUGGUGUGGCCGUAAGUCGUGGCUUUGGCGACUUUUGGUUCAAACGCAACGAAGAAAACAAUCCCGACAAGAAGCCAUGGGAGCACUUUGUCAUCGCCGAGCCGUGUGUCAACAUCCACGUGCGAAGCCCCGACACGGACGAGUUCCUCGUCUUGGGCUGCGACGGCAUCUACGACGUCAUGUCGAACGAACAGAUUCAAAUGUUCACGCGUGACAAGCUCGCGGAAGGCAAGACGCCGACCGUCGUUGCCGAACUGCUCAUGGAAGAGUGUCUGCACAAGGGUAGUCGAGACAACAUGAGUGUCAUCGUCGCGCUGCUCAACCAGUAGCUCAGCCUAGCAAUGCAGCAGCGAAUAUCCUGGGAUAAUCAUGCUCAUGUACAUGGCCAUCGCAACUGCGGAGCCGCG